AUGUUUAAUUCCAUGGCUAACUUCUGCGCUCCGACCGCCAAAGAGAGAGCGGCGGGGAUCAACGAACGAGCCGGCUGCGCGUCCUCUAACAUGUAUCUCCCUAAUUGUACCUACUACCUCCCCGAGUUCGGCGCCGUGCCGCCGUUCCUGUCCCAGGCCGCGACUCGCCAGAUCACCUACCCUUACUCGACUAACAUCCCUCCGGUUCAGGCGCUGAGGGACGGGGCGUACGGUCCCGAGACGCCGUCAAAAUGGCAUCAGCGAACCAACUUUUCGUACGCCACCGAGGAACUCUUGCCGCAAGACUGCCUGGCGCCUCCUCCUCCUCCUCCGCCACCUCCAGUCGGUGAGAUAUUCCUCAAACAUGACAGCCCUUUCAAUCACCGCCACUCGCUCCAUCACCACCACCACCACCAGCACCGACAGAGUACGACCCAAAACAAGAACGGCGUGCUACCUCAAGCGUUCGACCGGUUCCUAGACCCCGCGUACUGUGGGGCGGCGGCGGCGGAGAGGCCGGAGCGGACGGCGGCCGUCGCGGCGGAUUCCUGCCGAGAGAAGGCAGAGAAGCGGAACUUGGCAGUGGCGCUGCUGCCCGGCGCGGCUCAGCGCGGAGCGGAGAGACAGAGAGAGGGUGCAGGGGCGACGGUGGUGGGGACAGAGAAGAGCGGCAGCAAUUUCAGCGGUUCCCGCACGCGGAAAAAGAGAUGUCCCUACACAAAGUUCCAGAUCAGGGAACUGGAGAGGGAAUUCUUUUUCAACGUUUACAUUAACAAGGAGAAGCGGCUACAGUUAUCGAGGAUGCUCAAUCUAACGGACCGCCAGGUCAAGAUCUGGUUUCAAAACAGAAGGAUGAAAGAGAAGAAAUUAAACCGAGAUCGGCUUCAGUACUUUUCUGGAAACCCGCUUUUAUGA